CACAAUCGAAGGUAUAUAUCCAACGUAUCGCACCAAUCUACCUCUAGUCAUACAUUUCCCCUCCACACCUGUUGCGACCACUCCUACCGUCAACUCUAUACACAAUGGGUCUUUUUGGUCAAUCCUCGCAUCACAACGUCAACUUUCAGCCAUUCAACCCACCAAUAGGUCUCAACCCCGCCUUUUGCGCUCCUCAUGUUGAGACGCUCAUCAUGAAAGAGAAGAUAUGGAGUUUCAGCGGCGACGAUUUCAGUAUCAAAAACUCUGCAGGGCACGAUAUCGUCAGGUGCCACGGACAAGCAUUCAGCUGGAGGGAUCGUAAGGAGUUCAAGGAUGCGAGAGGGACGCCAUUGUUCACGUUGAGGAAUAAGGUCAUUGCGUUCCACAAGACGCAGCUGAUCGAGGCAAUGGAUGGGACCGAUCUGUGCACGGUCAAGAAGAGGUUCUCGAUCGGAACAUCGCGCAUGGUAGCAUCCUUCCAUAACUUUGCCUCCUCAUCUCACGAGCACAUAGAGCUUGAAUGCAAGGGUGAUUGGUUUGAUCGAUCCGCCAUAAUAACCCUCGCAGGCACAGAUCGCGUCGUCGCACAGAUUUCGAGGAAAUUGUUCAAUGUGAGGGAAGCUGUGGGUGGACAACAGACCUACGCCGUCACUAUCGCACCAGGCGUCGAUGUCGCCCUCAUCGCUGCGCUCUGCGUUUGCUUCGAUGAGGCAUUCAAUGAGUCCUCCAACUAGAGUGCUGGUGGAGGCCCGUUGAUUAUUUAUUCUAUAUCUCACAUCUCUGUCUUCUGGAUUUUGCUUCUCUUCUAUACGUUUAUCUUUCGGCGCCGGAACCAUGGGUGUCAUCAACCGCCCGAUUUUUGUACGGACGUUUUGCUCCUGGUUUGCCUAUCUGUACUGUGUUUUUGGCUCUGUCUCCUCUCUCAAUAUCACGAACGGUGCAACGUUUCAGCG